CGUUUAUUCUACUACCCCUCAAUCCAAAGCAGAUGGAGCCUUUGGCUGACGAUGUCCAAAUUGCAGCUGCCUGGGAUCUGCAAUACUUAGCGGCUACAUUCUGGACCUAUGAUUAUGUUUGUUUUCUUCACGAAGAGUGGACAUUCCUGCGUCAGUCGCGCUGGACUAGGGUAAAAGUCAUUUAUAUAUUUGCACGAUAUGUCCCCUUUUUCUCCAUGACUAUGGACCUAUAUAGUGCGGUGCUAAUCAAUAUUUACUCAUGUUUUGGACUGAUAUCACUCAUUUGCUCCGAAUGUAUCUCCCUCUCAUAUGGUCUGUGCUCUCAUGGGCUUUCCCCACUACUAUUCGCACAUAUUUACGUGAUACCAGGCAUCACAGGCUGUUACUGGAUCUUAGGCGGUGUCUGGUAUUCCAUGUCGUUCGUGCUCUUGAUUAUAUCUCAAUUGGGACUGUUCUCCCUCACACUCAUACAUAUCAUACAGAGCUGGCGUACAGCCAAGGGGCAUCUGUACUCUAUCCUGGUAAAGCAUAACAUAUUCUACUAUACAUGCGGUCUCCUCCUUAUUUCACUCUUUUGAAGAUUUGGAAGUCUGUGUCCUUGCGAUCCUCGCUACACGCAUGCACCUCCAUCUCUGGCACAGCGAUCAGCACGUGAACAGCUCUGGUUU